AUGUCGUCAUCUGUAGCCGAUGUUGCUAUUUCCAAGCUUAUUCCUGAUAAUAUCUCGAUUCUGCAGUCGAUUCCAGAUGUUCUCUAUCCGUGGCAAAGCGAAUAUCAGCGUCAGUACACUUGGAAAACAGCCAUGCUAUCAGCAUUGCAUUCAGAUAAGCACCUUGGCUCAAACCAGCAUGUCGCAUAUGAAACAGCUUCAUCAACAUCGCAGCCUUUAAAGACAUUGGAUACAGAUUUACGAGUCAAACUCGAUAUGCCGAGUUCUGCGCCAGUUGUUCAAACGGAACCUAGUCCUGUUACGCAUACAGUCAAGUUUGUAAACGAAACAUGUUCAACAAAGUCAGUUCCAGAAUCAGCACAUCAAGUCUUGAGCCAACAAUGUGAUACGCCUGCAAAUACCACAUCAGAAGCGACAAGCAGUGUAGUUUCACAAGAUUUGACUCGGCAUGUACAGUCUGAUCAAUGUAGCACAGGAGAUAAAGCUUUGGCGUCAACAGGACAAGCAAAGGAUGAUAAAAAGCCAUAUUUGAUUAUUGAUCGGCCAACAUUAUCUCGCAUGGAUCAUACUGAAGACAAACACCAUAAAACUAAAUCUACGAUUCAAACUAAUAUGCUUAAACCAUCGAAUUUAGCAACAGAUUCAAGAGAUAAUCUGAAGCAUUCAUCGACAUCUCUUCAAUUGCAAAAGGGAAGCAAAUCAAACGCCGAACCGAUUCUAAUGCCGUUUGGUUAUGGGAAUACCAAUCCUGUUGUUCAAAAUAACAUGUACAAAACUUUUAAUGUCCGCGCACCAAGCCAACAGGUAUAUCCAAAUACAUUUGAACGAGGUGAUCGUAUCAAGACAUUUGAAAACACGAUCAUCAGUCCUGUAGAUGCCGAGACAAGUCGCCCACGUAUACCUAAUCCAACCGAGGCUUUACAGCAAUAUUUAAAGGCAAAAAGUCAAGUUGCAAAACUUCAAGCCAUGUAUCAUUCCGAGUAUCGCAGUAAAUUUCUUGAUUGGACACACCCGCUUGAGGAGAGUCUAGUAACAAGUAAUGAUAGAUCAGACACACUAGCAUCACCUCUUUCUCCUGUUUUAAAAGCAUGCAUAGAUUCACCUACAGAUAAACGUAAUAAGAGCUUAUUGGAUACAGCCAAAACAGGCAUUUCCACACCAUAUAAAGGCUAUGCAGCUGGUCUUCCAUCCACUCCUGAUACCUGUGCAGCCUUUACCAAACGACAAAGAUCGAUAUUUUUUGAUGCUAGUCAAAAUGUGCCAACUCCUGUUGCUACAAACAGAAAAGCGCACAGACUACCAGCUGAUCGAGGACAUGCUACGCGGUCCUUUUUUGUAGAAGCAGAUCCCAGAGUUAAAGAUCUCCGACUACGCAAGCCUGCCGAUACCAGUGGACAUUGCUCUGUAACUCAAACGACAGCUCGACAGACCCAUACAGGCUCGUUACAUUCUAACAACACCAAUCAGACACCGUUGACGAGUAUGUCUUUAUCUAUUCUGCCAACCCAAAGACGACCUACUGUAAAGCAUGGUGUUUCGAUUCUUGACCAGAUUGCAGGAGUAAAGUCAGCAGGAAUAUCGGACGCAGAAGCGCUUUCUUACAAAGAAAGACGGCAUUAUACUUUUGGACCAGAUGCGUUACAAUCUCAAAUUGACGCCGAGGUAGCACUACAAAAGUAA